GCGGGGCUUCUUGGUCACGUGGUAGUGGACGGCCGCCAUCUCCCGUAUCCAGGGAAACGCGGCCUACCUGAGACGCCGCGCGGCCUGCGGGUCUCCCCCAGCCCCGGAAUGGCGCAAGCCGCCUGGAAUGAAGACACCGGCGGGGUGGUCUACCGUUCUCGGGAUCCCAUCUGCAAUCUCCGCAUCAGGGUUGGCCUGCAACGGGUGACUUCCACCAGCCUAUUGCUGCAGCAGCUCCAACAGCCCUCCUGCCAGCCAGGCCAGCAGCUCAUCGGCUUGGCCACCCUCGGCUCUCACAACACAUCAAGUGGUUACCGUCCAGAAGAAGAGGAAGAGGAGGCUGUGAUUGGCUGGCAGGAGAAACUCUUCAGCCAGUUUGAGGUGGAUCUGUACCAGAACGAGUCUGCUUGCCAGAGCCCGCUGGACCGGCAAUACCACCAGGACAUCCUGAAGCUGGAGAAAACCGGGGGACGGAAGAACUGCCGGAUCUUCACAUACACAGACCACGACCGCUUCACCAACAUGGAGGAGCACUGCAAGCAGGUGACCACGUCCGCCCAGGAAGUUCCUUCAUACUUGGCGGAGAGGAUGGCCAAUGUGAGAAGGCGAAGACAGGAGCGGAAGCCAAUCGAAGGCAGCGCCUUCAAGUCCCGCAUCGUCACCUGGGAGCCUUCAGAAGAGUUCAUCAAGAACAACCAUGUGAUCAACACCCCUGUGCAGACCAUGUACAUCAUGGCAGACCUGGGACCUCAGGACAAGCUCGGCCGCGCAGACUGCGAGCACGUCCUUUGCACAAUCAGAGUGGACAGCAACGGAGUCAUCACAGUCAAGCCAGAUUUCACGGGCACAAAGGGGGCUUACCGGAUCGAGCUGGAAGGGGAAAAAAGCAGAGAGCUGUGGGAAAUACACACCUCUGCAAGAGCAGCCUCCUUGUACAGUCGGCACAAGGAGUACCUGCAAGGACUCGUCGGCUCUGACUUUGAGAUGACUCUUCCUGGGUCGUUGCGACUCUUCAUCAAUGGUGAAAUCGUUUCAGCCCAAGGCUAUGAGUACGACAAUCUCUACAUCCACUUUUUCCUGGAGCUUCCCAGCCGCUGGUCGUGUUCCCCCUCCCAACCGCUCUCUGGAGUGACACAGACUUGUGCCACCAAGAUUGUUGGCAAGGACAGGGUGGCCUUUUUCUCUUUCCCUUUCAGUCUGGAGGUGUUCUUUACCCAAGAGGAUGCGUUGGAAGGCUCGCUGCCCCAGUGGCCCGUGCUCUACUUUGAGGUCCUCUCCUUGGAUUUCUGGCAGAGGUAUCGCAUCGAAGGCUACGGGUUUGUGGUGCUGCCGGCGACACCAGGGGCUCAUACCUUGACCGUUUCUACUUGGCGUCCAGUCGAGCCUGGCACCGUCUCAGAACUGCGGAGGUUUUUCAUUGGGGGAUCCCCAGAACUUGAAGAUUUGACCUAUGCCAGGGUGCCUAGCACCUUUCAGGGGGAUCGCCUGAGCCGGUUUGGCUUCCGCACGGAGACGACGGGCAGCGUCACUUUCAGGCUGAACUGCCUGCUACAGUCCAAGGCUUUCCUGGAGUCCAGCGCUAUGAAGAAGCGCAUGCAGAGCGUCCUGGACCGGAUGGGCGGCUUCAGCCAGCAGGGCUCCCUCUAUAAUGUUCUAGAGGCGUUCCAGCGGGCUCGGCGACGGAUGCAAGAAGCCCGAGAGAGCCUUCCCCAGGAUUUGAUUAGUUCUUCCUCAGCCCAUCUGUGAUUCCAACCUCAUCUCGAGUCCUUGGUCUGGGAGGAGAAGCUUGUGAGAUGCUCCAUCUCCACAUCUACAAAAUGCCUUGUUCCUAAGCUGAUCUCGAACCCUGGUUGCAACGGACCUCUGUGUCUGGAGGGGACGCUUUUCAACUGGAUACGUGGCAUGCUGUUUGAGGAUUGUGGGGGAGCCUGAGGGCAGAAUGCAUUCCCACAUCCAGGAGAAGCUGCCGGUCCUUGUCAAAGUCUUGAAUUGGCAAGGAGCAGCAGGAAUUCAUCCUUCACACAAUGGAUGCCAGUCCUCUUCCUGCCCCUCUUCACACCGAGCGUGACGUCAACUAUCCCUUCUCUUAAACUUUGACUGCACCUCUGCAAAACCAAACAAGACAGCCAUUAGAGCAACAUGGGUAAAGCUACGAGCUGUGGAUGAACCUCAAAACAAUCUUCUAGAAUAUUCUCUGGGUCACAGCAACCUUCAGGGUGGAAUCUUCCAUCUUGCAAGCUGUAGCGUUUGGCAACUGCCAUGAAGCCUAUGCAAGACCCUGGGUGUUCUCACUUCUGACAAGUAGGCCCUUCACCUGCCUCUUCCUCGUUCUUCUGUCCCAGAGUACUUUUUGUUGGACUUGAGACUUUGAGGGGAUUUUUUUUUGGUUAGGUUUCUUCUCUUAUCUACCAGCCAUCUUGACAUCCAACGCCAACUUCUUGUGGACUGGUUUCUUUCAGAGGGAUGCUGGACAUCCCUGGAAUUCUGCCAAGCCUGAGCUUCCCUCGGAGGCCAAAUCAGGAUAUUCUCAUUUGGACUAAUGUUUAGGUCAGUUGUUUAACCAAGGGCCUGGGCUUAGCAUUCGGAGAAGAAGUAUUAAGUUUUAUAUUUUGUGGACUAAGGGUCUUUUGUUCUUAUUUACGGGACAGGACAAGGAGUGCUUUAAAACAGCAACGUUUUCUGACUACGUGGGUCUGUGAAAGAAUUUGUUCCUCCUAAAAUAAUAGAUUAGACAGUGAGAAAGUACCACCCCCAUAACACACCCCUUCCUGUCUGCAAGCAGACUCCCUCCAGCUGUUCUAAGUGACAUGGCUUUUUGGGGGGGGAAAGUACUUUUAAUUAUUUUUUUAAAUAUGAAAGAAAAAAUAUGUCUGGUCGCACACAAUACAAAAACUGUGUUCAAUAAACAAAAUCCAACGUCUUACAAA